AGAAAGAGAUUAUUAUUUAGUGCGAGUAAAAGUAUUCAGAUUUGCCCUGUUAAUUGGAUCCUUUCGAAAUCCGUUAAGCCGGUCUAAAGUCUUCACUUCUUCACCGAUAGUGAGUUGAAAAUACUCCACCAAUAUGUCAGAAGAAAGAGAAACUAAACAUGAUUCAGCUGUUUCUAAAGAGCAGCAAAAGAACCCGCAUGAGAUUCACAUUGAUGCUCCAGGGCUGAAGUCCACACUGAAGAUCAAGAAGAAUGUGAUAACAGAGGAAUAUAAACUGUCGGGUCCAGUGCUCGGGAUAGGCAUCAACGGCAAGGUCUGGGAAAUAUUUCACAAGAAAACUGGCGAAAAAUAUGCCUUAAAGAUGCUGCAGGACACCUUUAAGGCUCGACGAGAAGUGGAGCUUCACUACAGGGCAUCGAGUUGUCCACGUAUUGUAGGAAUUGCAAAUGUCUUUGAGAAUUUCUACCAAGGCAAAAAGUGUUUGCUUCUCAUCAUGGAGUGUAUGGAGGGGGGAGAACUCUUUUGCCGCCUUAAGGAACGUGGCGAUCAAGCUUUCACUGAAAGAGAAGCAUCUGAAAUAAUGAGAAGUAUUGGAGAAGCUGUCGAGUUCCUGCAUGGGAAUGACAUUGCUCACAGAGACCUCAAGCCAGAGAAUUUGCUGUACACAUCAAAGCGACCUGAUGCCCAGCUCAAGCUCACAGACUUUGGAUUUGCCAAAGAGACCACAACCAGCAACUGCUUGACCACGCCUUGCUAUACACCUUACUUUGUGGCUCCAGAAGUGCUUGGUCCAGAGAAAUAUGAUAAGUCAUGUGAUAUGUGGUCAUUAGGAGUCAUCAUGUACCUCCUGUUGUGUGGAUAUCCACCAUUCUACUCAAACCAUGGCUGGCCAAUGUCACCAGGAAUGACGACUCGGAUACGGAAUGGCAUGUAUGAAUUCCCUAACCCUGAAUGGUCAGAGGUGUCAGAGGAAGCAAAGCAGCUAAUUUGCCAUUUAUUGAAAACUGAUCCUACAGAGAGAAUGACCAUCACAGAGUUCAUGAACCAUCCUUGGAUCAAUAAGUCAAUGAAGGUUCCGAAGACUCCUCUACACACGAGUCGAGUUCUUACAGAAGAAAGUAAUGUCUGGGAAAAAGUCAAGGAAGAGAUGACUAAUGCCUUGGCAACAAUAAGAGUGGACUACGAGCAAAUAAAGAUCAAAGCCAUUGAGAACUCGUCCAACCCUCUCCUUGUGAAGAGAAAACAGAGAAUGAUGACUGCAACAAAAGAAGCACCAGGACAGUGACAAACACAUUUGCAUGAGGACAUGUGUAGCUGUUUAACACAUAAAGAAAUAGUUCACCAAAAAUGAAAAUUCUCAUGAUUUACUCACCCUCCUGGCAUCCCAGAUGUGUAUGACAUUCUUUUUCCUGUAGAACACAAAUUAAGAUUUUUAGUAUUUCAUCUCUGUACAAUGCAAGUGAAUGGGUGCCAAAAUGUGUAAGCUCCGAAAUCCACAUAAAAGGAGCAUAAAAGUAAUCAUAAUUUAAAAAAGUAAUCGUAAUAUACAUAAUUCACCCACACCUAUCAUAUUGCUUCAUAAGAUGUGUAUUUAACCACUAGAUUCGUCUGAAGUACUUUUAUGUAUGCCUUUUGGAGCUUAAACAUGUUGGCACCCAUUCACUUGCAUUGUUUGGACCUACAGAUCUGAAAUGUUUGUGUUCUGAAGAUGAAAGAAAGUCAUACACAUCUGGGAUGACAUGAGGCUGAGUAAAUGAUGAGAACAUUUUCAUUUUUGGGUGAACUAUACCUUUAAGAGCUCCCUUAAAACAAAUAUCUGUAUAAUCACUUUAGUCAUUUAUUUUGUAAUUUAUGUAUUUCAUGGCUUUGUAUUGUUUAUCAUUCAAAGUUUGCACCACAGUUGGUUAUAGCAUGGAAUAAUAAUUUUUUUGGAGGGAUACGGAGAAUGUCAAAAUCUUAUAGGCCUAAUGAGUAGAGGAAUUCAAAUAGUUCUGAUGAUUGGGACACUUUUUUGGAACUAUUGUUGUCACCUCUGCAAACCAUGAAGUCUUUGAUGAAUUUUUAAUGUAUAUUCAGCCAGAGUCUAAAUGAGUUAAGAUUUGGUUCUAAGGCCUAAAAUCUGGUCUCAGUGACAACGCGAAUGAAUCGUACACUGUAAAACAAACAGUGACCUGCAAUUGCAACAGGGUUGGCAAUUGUUACUUUUAGGAGCAAUUUUUACCUGAUCUGACCCUCAAAAUUAAUUUUUUGGUAUAAUAUGUUUUCAGGUUGAUUCAGUGAUGGUAAACAAUAUUUUUGACUUGAAUAA